AUCAUACAAUGAUAUCUUUUCAAUGUCACUUUGGAAUAAUGGGCGAGUCAACAAGUGUGUUGUGUUUGUAAACAAAUGCAUAAAUACCGGCCACUCUGUCAAAAAAGCCACUUCAUAUGCGAUUUUCGACAGUUUUUGGUUUUAAGACUCAAUAAACAACCAUGACAGAAAUAGUUUGUGAAAUUGAAUUCGAUGAAAACUCAACGAGAGUUUGUUACAGCGGUCAAUUGUUAAAGGGACAAGCUACCAUUUACUUCCCGGUUGACACCCAUGUUAAAGCAAUUUAUGUGACAUUUUCCGGUAGAGGGUUCUGCCAAUGGGACGACGGAGAACCCAUCAGUAUCGGCUCGAUAGUAUAUCUAGAUGAGCGAUUGGACUUUUUGCCGCAAAGACCAGACGGUGACACUAUCGUCCGUGCUGGUCACAACAAAUAUCCGUUCCAAAUUCAAUUGAGUCGAACACUACCGACAUCGUACGAGGGAACGUACGGCUACAUUCGAUACAUUACUUCAUUACACAUCGAGUGCUCGCGAUCAGCCCAAACUUUACAUCCGUUAGAGGAACUGUUCACCAUCAUAAAACCAUUGAACUUAAACAGCAGUUCAUCGUCGUAUCAAACGCCAAUGAUGGUACGAAAGUAUGUCAAAUUCAGUCAGUUCUGGUUGGUAUUUUGCUGCAAAACAGAUGAUAUAAAAAUGUCCGGGCGAUUACCGGUUCGAGGUUAUUGCCCUGGUCAGGCCAUCAAUUUGAAAUUGACCGUCAUCAACAGUAGUUUCCUGCCUAUUUUACAUUUUCAAGUUCUAUUCAUUCAAGAAGUCACAUACACGGCAAAUAAUGGUCGGCAAAAAGUUGAGCGUAUAGUAUUAAGCGACAGGAAAACUGCAGGUUGUAGAGCAGAUCACCCUGGUCGGCAAAUAAUCAACGUGAGUACGCUCGUUCCGUCCUUGCCUCCGACUAAUUUUUCCGCAAACGUAUGCGGAAGUCGCUACAAAAUUGAGGUCACAGCACAAACACCUAUGUUUCACGAGAAUCCUAAGUUCGAGAUACCGGUCGUUAUCGGAACUUAUCCCAUUUCCAACGAACUGUAUUCAUCAUCAAACGCUGCUGAAAAUCAGGCCAGCCUGAACUCUACCCUAUCAUCGGCCCCACCACCAGACAAUUUGUUGAGUGCAUCGAGCGAAAGCAUUAACACGUCCGAUGUUCCGCCUUAUCCAGACGAAGAUCCCCCAACAUACGAAGAGGCAUCACGAAAUGGUUUGACCGGUAAUAGUUUCGUUCCGAAAUAUCCAACCUAUCGGAUGCAGACAUCCUACGCCAACGAGCAGGAACCAUGAAAAAUUCGUCAAUCUCAAUGCUGAUCGAGAAUUUAAGUUCUAGUUUACACAUCUCUAGCACUGGUAUCUCUUAGCACUAAAAGUGUUUCACUAAUCCGUCCAUACUAAAUAGAACCACAUCCCAUUUUUUAUCUCUGAAGAACAGAAAAUACUUAUGCGACGAGCGAGCAGUGCAUUCCCUUGUUUAUAAAGCUUGAUUUGAAGGCGAUUGAUAGGGAGAUGCGGGAAAACAGGAAAAGUACGAAAAUAUGUCAAAUGAAAGGUAUUGACGAGACGAAUCUGAAUAUCUAAUUUUCCCUGUUUUCCCGCAUCUCCUA